UUAGCUGUGAUUGAGGAUAUUUAGAUUUUCAUACUGUCACAAUAAUUUUGAUUAGCAAAUAGAUCUGAGGUAAUUUAAAUGACAGGCAUGUUAUUAAAGGCCUGCCUGUGAUAAGAUAAUCUGCCAGAGUGGAGGGUAAAGACACUGUUUCCUUGUUAAUAAUUAAUUGUGCUUUCCAUGUGGUAGAUUCACUCUAGUGCUUUAAGUCAACACCUGUUCAUUGCUUUACAUUUAAGUUGGCUUUCAUAGUACUUUUCAGGUUGACAAGCUUGCACUUAGUAGCAGGUUUGAUGUGUGUUCUGUAGGUGCCAGGGUUUAAUUCUGCCAGGUUAGAUAUGUAAAGGGGUUUAGAAACUACUAAAGUGGGUGAAGCAGGAAGCUGUGAAAUGACUCAAAGAAGAUGCUGAAGGGAGAAGUUUCAGAAGCUGGUAAGAAAAUGGCCUGCCAGUGGAUUCGUUCAAGCAGUGCAGAAAACAAGGUGCCACAUACUAGGAUGGAAGAUGAAGCUGCUAUCCAGCAAAUCUACAUAUUUGGAAAGAAAUUAGGUCAAGGCAGCUUUGGGGUAGUUUACGAAGCCACACAUAAAGAAACUGGAAAUAAAUGGGCAAUUAAAAAAGUGAACAGAGAAAAGGCAGGAAGCUCUGCUGUAAAGUUGCUGGAACGGGAAGUCAGCAUAUUAAAGCGUGUUAACCAAGAGCAUAUAAUACACUUAGAGGAAGUGUUUGAAACACCAAAGCGGAUGUACCUGGUGACAGAACUAUGUGAGGGCGGAGAACUGAAAGAAAUUCUUCAGAGAAAUAAACGCUUCACAGAGAAUGAGACCAGGCACAUAAUUAGCAGUUUAGCAACAGCUAUUGCAUAUCUACACAAAAAAGACAUUGUACACCGGGACCUAAAACUAGAGAACAUCUUAGUUAAAAGUGAUCAUAGUAAUCAAGGAAAUGAGAUGAUCCUUAAUAUCAAGGUGACAGAUUUUGGUUUAGCAGUGCAGAAAGGUGGCGUUGGUAGUGAAAAUAUGCUUCAGGCAACUUGUGGAACACCCAUUUACAUGGCUCCAGAAGUCAUCAACGCUCAUGACUACAGUCAGCAGUGUGACAUUUGGAGUAUAGGGGUUAUCAUGUACAUGUUAUUAUGUGGCGAGCCCCCCUUUAUUGCAAGUUCUGAAGAAAGACUUUUUGAGCUGAUCAGAAAGGGAGACCUGCACUUCACAGAUCCAGUCUGGCACACCAUUAGUAAUGCUGCAAAAAAUGUGUUAAAUUGCCUUUUGAAGGUAGAUCCAGCGCACCGCAUUACAGCCAAUGAGUUACUUGAUAAUCCUUGGAUCACUGGUGACACAUCCACACCAGCAAGACCUUCAAAUGUGUUGGAGAUGAUGAAGCAGUUUAGAGAUGAUCCAGAUGAUACGGAGUGUGGAGAGCUGGAAACUGAUCUGAAUGGCUUAUCACUGAAGUCGCCCGAGGACAAACCUGUUGGAUCUCUGGAGGUGGCAGAGCAGAGGGCAAGCUCAGCAAGCAGCAAUGGCACCUUAGAGCUUGGUCUUGAAGCAGAGACAGACAGCGGUAUCAGCAAACCUUCCACUCCAAAUAAACAGAUAAACAAAAAGAAGACUCUUACAAGUUCCUUAUCAAAUGGUUCAGUAAAAAAGAAUGGUUCGACUCUAAAGCCCUGUUGCACUCCUCCUUUAGGUGGCAAGUCUUCCCCAAUAUCAAGCAUAAAGCGAACAGGGCAGCAGGAUAAAUCUGAAUCCUGUUCCCAAAACCUUGCACCUUCAGUAAGGCAAUCUUCCUUUUCUGUAAAAGGAGAAGUCCGCAAGUCUCCUAUCCUUCCUAGAAGCAGCUCUGGACAGAAAAACAUAAAGUCAGCUGGCAAUUCUAAGACCAAAAAAAGUGUAUAGGGAAUACAGUGGAAAAACUACUGACAGACCAACUUAAGUGCCAAUGGAGAGGGCUGUACAAAUCAAAGCAACAGUGGGGUUCAGGGGAACGACACGGUUUGUCAUUAUGCACUUUACAGUUGGGAAUUAGAUUGCUUGGACUUGCUUUAAAUUGAUUCUGCAGUGCUUAGAGAAAUAUAUAGGACAAUAUUAGAGGAACCCUUGCUGUAAAUGUAUAUGUCGUGCGCUUUUCCAUGGAUGAUAUUUUUAAAUCUUUGUGUAAAAAAUGUUUUACAUAAUGUAUUUCUUUUACAGACUAGAGGCAUAUUGGCAGGUCUCUGCUGCAAAUUUCCUUAAAGGUAUUUGCUUAGUUUGCACAUGGGACACACUUGUACCAACUUUUGUGUAACAGGGUCGCUACCAAAAGACAGAGGAACUAUGCUAUUCUGUACAAAAGUUCUGGAUACAAUCACAAAGUUAGUUCACAUUGCACUGAGAGACUAACUUGAAAACAGUUAAGGUGGUUUGAGCACUCUUGUUGUGAUACAUGGGUUCAUGUCGACUAUAUUUGUGUUGUUUUUAAGUGUGCUUAACAUUUUAACAACUUUACAAAUUAGUAUUUGUCUACAUCACUUUUUUAUUGGUUUUAAAUGUAGAGAUUGCUAAUUCCUGAAGAAUAAGGGAUUUUUAAAACAUAUCCUCAUUCAUUCCAAUGCAAAGUUCACCUCAUUAAACUAUCCAUCUAUAAAUUCAAAAACACAUCAAAUUUAAAUCUUAGAUGUUUCUUUUAAGUUUACAAUACAUACACCUAUAAGCAGUAUUUAAUCAUUAUUAUUAAGGUAAAGAUAACUUCAAAAAGACUAUAAGGAUGUUGUUGUAUUAUAAUGAAGAUAACCUCCUUUUUACAAAGUAUUUAGUAUAGAUACUGGAACAUAUGAGCACAAUUUAGAAAUUACUGCUGACACAAGUACUUUUUAAAAAUACAUAUUUUUAAAGAAUUUAAUAUAUUGGCUGGAAUUCAAAAUGCCUUUACCUAGGGACAGUUCUGGUACAACUUUCUUAUCUAAAACAACAAACACGUCCAUACGCAUCUCCCAAGUGUGGGAUGGCAAAAUCCAGAAUGCAGAAGUAUUACAAAAUUGUAUUUUUUCAAUCACUUUGAUAUUGCUUUAUUAAAAACAAUACAAAAUAAAUAUGACAGCUAAGUUUCCACGAUAAGCCUAUUUGCAGGUGUUUUAUUUUCAAUAUAUCAGCCUGAAAAUGCUGAUCAGUAACAGAUCAUUUCCAAACAUCAUGAGAAAGAAUUUAGUAAUACAGGCAUUGCUGUGAUUUUCUUUCUUUUUUUUUUUUGUCUUGCUUCUGAAAUAAUCAUUUUAAGAAUUAAUGUUGCAUUCAUUUCAUACACAGUGUGCUAUCUUUCAAUGUAUUUUGGGGUGAAAAAACCUGGGAAUAAUGUUUGUAUCAUAACUGUGUUCUGUUCUGUACAUUAACAUACCUUAAAAUUAAACUUGGUUUCUUUUAGGGUCUAA